UCACUACCCCCAACUGUAGACCUUUUGGAGUGAAACUCAAAUCACGGCGGGAGAAGAGAAGAGAGUCAGCCGGUUGUUAGAGAAGUCGGUUUAGUCUUUUAGAGGCUGAAACAGAAAGUUUUUAAUUGGUUUUAAUCGCCGAGUUAUUUCCAAAUGAGUUUAGUAAAACAGUAAAUAGUCUAUUCGUGUCGAAGAGGAGUCAAGAUAACGACAUAUUAACCAACAGUAACGGUACUUUAACCGAGGAGAGCCGGAAGUGAUUCAACAGUUUAAAGAUGAUCGUGAAAGGACAGAAGCGUAAACAUCCACCAGAGGACGUGGAGGUUUCAGACCAGAGCAGCCCCAACUGGGAGAGCCAGCGCCAGUUUGUGUUCUCAGUUUCCCUGAACAAGUAUCAGCAUAGCCAGGAGCUACCUGAACCCAGCCUGCGGCGCUCCGUUCUGAUAGCCAACACACUGCGGCAGGUCAGCCAGGAGGCUUGUGGGGCGCCCUCUGUAGACAUGGAGGUGUCACAACCACCUUGUAGCUCUUCAUCUGCACUCCAGGAAGAAAAGCAUGACUCUGCGGUGAUGUUUUCUAACAGCCACUCAGCUCUCGUCAGCUGUCCUCUGGUCUCUUUAAAUUACUUGUCAAAUUGUGCCACGAGUAGGUCUCCUGCAAACUGUCACUUAGAUGCAUCAAUUGUCCCUCUGUCUGUUAGAGACGAAGAUGAGGACUGGGGAUUGAUGUCCACUGAGUCUGAUUUCUCCCUUUCAGCUGCCAUCUCCUCCAUUCUCACUGCACUGGACACUACCAUUGAUGGGAGCCCACAGGCAGCUCCGCGGACACCUCUCAGGUCCUUGGAGAACCUGUCGGGGCCCUCUGAUGGAGGUGUGGCGUGGGUGAAACACGGAGUUAGAAGUUAUGGGGAGCUGCAGGAAGAGUGGAGGUUGCGGGAGAGCAGCUUGGAGGUGAUGAAGUCCAGCUACCUCACUGAGCUCACUGUGGAGGAUCUGUUCCAGGAUAUAGACACGUCCCUGCUGGAGCGGGACAUGGGAGUGCUUGGGUUCAUAGGCAGUGGAGGUGGAUAUCAGGCUGGGGAUGACCUGUUACGGUAUCUGCCGCCUUUCUCCUCCUCCUCCCCCUCACACCCUUUCUCCCUCUCUCUCAACCAGAAUCUGAAGUGCCUGCCUUCGUUCUCCUCGUUCAGCCCAUUGUCUUCCUCAUCUUCUUCUUCACCUUCUCUUUCUUCGCCACCCUUCUCUAGUCAGAAUCAUGUGAGAGAAGGAAUUGACCUGGAUCAUCUGAUGGAGAUCCUGGUGGAGUCCUGAUUGCCUCAUUGUCAUCAUUAUACUGUAAGAAAUCCAUUUCAACAGGAAGUAACCUGAACAUCAUUCAUGACGUUAGUGGACAAAAACUGAAUUCCCAAGGGCAGGACUUUCAAACGCAUCGAAUGCUGUUUUUUUUUUUUAUAUAUUGAUGAGGAAAUUGUGUAUUAUGGGCUUAAGAAAGUAGUAAGAACGCUCUAGAAAUGUAUAAAUGGUUGAUGUCUAAGACAGGAAGUGCUCCAUGGGUGGGCUAGCAUGAGGAGUAGCUGCGAUGCAUCUGGCAGCUUUUUGUGCAACAUAAAAGGUUUGCGUUUCUCCGGCAAAAAUGGAGGUGAAGUCACAGUAAAACUGCGUAUUAAAGCAAAUGAGGCUGUUUAAUGGCUAAGCCAUGAGUCAGUGCAUAAUGAACUGUUGAAAAGCAUUUUACUACAGUUUCCAGUGUGACUCAGCUAAUUGGAACGAGAGAAGGGAGGUAUCUGAUUAGAAAACAGGAUUUAUUCCGCAAAGGAGAAAAAAUGUGUCAGAUGCAUCACAGCUUCAAGCUUUCCUGCGUUCACGUUGAACAUCCCAGUUUAUCUGGAGUAAAGAAAAAAGCAGCAGCGCGUCAUGUACUGGUGUUGAUUCAUGCAGCGGACUGAACGUUGGGCUACAAGUGGGAUAAAUCACUUAAAGUGUAACAUGUAAAUGUGAGUUCUGAGAGAAUGUGAUUCGACAGGUGUUUGAAGGAGAAUGAUUGAAACACUAAUAUUAUGGGUCAAACUUCUGUUUUCUGAUUUUUCAAACUUCUGUGAAGAAAUCCUUUGACCUCAUAUUUAUCAACGAGUUAUUACUGGGGCGUGAUAUCAGGUGCUAAGAGAUCAGGUCGGUAGGAGCACCCAGAAAAAUGUGCUUAUUAAUUCAGAAGAAAUCCAUAAGAGCCAGUUGUUCGGUUCAGAAAGAAAAGACAUUUGAAUUGUGUAUAACUGUUGAAGGUUAACUGGGUGAUUCUUCUUUGUAUCCAUCAGUUAUUUCAGUAACAACUAGUUGGAGGUACAGUAUGAUUACAUGUCAUAUUAACGUAUCCUAUGUAUCCUCAAAAGGCAUAACUCCUAAUGCUUCUCAGCUGACUGUAAAGCCGUGUCUCAUCUGAAGGCUGAAAAGAGUGAAACUAAAAUGUGCUUAGUCUGAAAUGCUUCCUCUCUGAGUGCAGCUGUAGCUCAGGAAACACGUGGCAUCAAUGCACGCUCCAGCUCAGAAAGAGUAUUUAAUGUCUUCUUAAUAGAUGCUUUUAUUCAAAGAGCCUUUACAGUACUGUGAUUCUAUACAACACAUCCUCUUGGGUUUUAAUGUGACAGUACGGAUCCACUGUAGGUGUCACAUUAGCUAAAGUCACAACCACUGCGCAACAGCUUCUGUUGUACAGAUGUCGUGUUAUUGAUCGGUCCUGGUGGGUGUUGAGCAUCACGCUGUGAGCCACAUUGGCUGAUGGAGUCCAGAUGGUGCUGACUUCCCCCCUGUGAACACUCAUCAGUAGGUCAAGUUCUGCUCGUUUUAGUGGGGUUCACAUGUUUUGUCUGGUUUACAUCUGAAUUAUUGCACUUUUGUUAAUAAUAUGCAUUUCUCUGGUUUGUGUUUUACUCUGUAUUUAUUAAGCAGUGGUAACAUUACAGGUAAAUUGGCCGAAUGAUUCCUUUUGAGCCCAUAAAGUGGAGUCCUAUUACAUGUUCUGUUAAUGUAUAUUGUUUAACUGUAACUUAACUGGCUAUAUAUAUAUAUGUUGGUCCAGUAUUUAAACCAACACUGCUGAACUGUGUGACGGGGAAACACUGAGAUGAAUUGUUUGAGGAAGCACAUAAUGCCUGUUUGUCAGGUUUUUGUACUUUCAUCCUGUUUAUGGAUCAGAGUUGUUUUCUAUGCAAAGGUCUGCAGUCUCAAACUAUUUAUAAAUGGCAUACUUUGUUAACAAGAUGAGUAAUUAAAUGUCAUAACCAUUUUUGACAAUUUUUCUGAUGGUGUAUUAAUGUACCGUCAUGGCAGUUAUUUUAUUUACUUUUAUUUUCUCUUAAAUAUUUUAACGGUUACAUUUGAGGGCAGAAUGCCCGGACACUAUGUAUUUACACCUUUGUUUUUAAAAGAAGGCAAAUAUCUGUUUAACUAUACUGACGUUUUUUUAAUAAAAUGUUAAAAUGAAAUCA